AUGGUGGAGAGUCUGCAGACUUGCAGCUUUUCCAGUGUAAAGAAUGAGCUCCUUCCAAACCACCAAAAAAUCUGAGUAAUCUUAAUUGUAGGAGAGAAAUAAAUGUUCCAGCUGAAUGAGGACAAGAUGAAUUUCUCUACACUCAGGAACAUCCAGGGUCUUCAUGCUCCACUCAAAUUGCAGAUGGAGUACAGGGCAGCUAGACAGAUCCAGCGUCUGCCGUUCUUACAGAGUUCAAACCUGGCUCUGGAUACGCUGCAAGGCAGCGACGAGGCCAUCGGCUUUGAGGACAUCCUGAACGAUCCAGCUCAGAGCGAAAUGAUGGGCGAGCCACACAUGGUGGUGGAAUACAAACUGGGCCUGUUGUGAAAGAAGAUGCGCG